AAAAGCCAGGACUAGCUCGCAGCUUGUCAAUUUCAACAUCGGGUCACAUGACCAGCACCUCCCUGCUAAGGAUGGGGAUAGAUUUCCACGUCAGCUUACGUCUCCAAAUUUCUACUUCACGGAUCCGCUUCAAAGAGGCAGCUGCAGUGGAGAAUCAUGUUAAGCUCGGCUACUGCGGAGAGCCCAAGGUAGCCCAAUGAUGGAUUUUGAUGAGCGUGGUCCCUGCUCCUCUAACAUGUAUUUGCCAAGUUGUACUUACUACGUCUCGGGUCCAGAUUUCUCCAGCCUCCCUUCUUUUCUGCCCCAGACCCCGUCUUCGCGCCCAAUGACAUACUCCUACUCCUCCAACCUGCCCCAGGUCCAACCCGUGCGCGAAGUGACCUUCAGAGAGUACGCCAUUGAGCCCGCCACUAAAUGGCACCCCCGCGGCAAUCUGGCCCACUGCUACUCCGCGGAGGAGCUCGUGCACAGAGACUGUCUGCAGGCGCCCAGCGCGGCCGGCGUGCCUGGCGACGUGCUGGCCAAGAGCUCGGCCAACGUCUACCACCACCCCACCCCCGCCGUCUCGUCCAAUUUCUAUAGCACGGUGGGCCGGAACGGCGUUCUGCCACAGGCUUUUGACCAGUUUUUCGAGACGGCCUACGGCACCCCGGAAAACCUCGCCUCCUCCGACUACCCCGGGGACAAGACCGCCGAGAAAGGGCCCCCAGCGGCAGCUGCGACCUCCGCUGCGGCGGUGGCGGCGGCGGCCACGGGCGCGCCGGCAACUUCAAGUUCGGACGGCGGCGGCGGCGGCGGCGGCGGCGGCUGUCGGGAGGCGGCGGCGGAGGAGAAGGAGCGUCGGCGGCGACCCGAGAGCAGCAGCAGCCCCGAGUCGUCUUCCGGCCACACUGAGGACAAGGCCGGCAGCUCCGGUGGCCAACGCACCCGAAAAAAGCGCUGUCCUUACACCAAAUAUCAGAUCCGAGAGCUGGAGCGAGAGUUCUUCUUCAGCGUCUACAUCAACAAAGAGAAGCGCCUGCAACUGUCCCGCAUGCUCAACCUCACCGACCGUCAAGUCAAAAUCUGGUUUCAGAACAGAAGAAUGAAGGAAAAAAAGAUUAACAGAGACCGGUUACAGUACUACUCAGCUAAUCCGCUUCUCUAAGACUCCAGCCUCCUGGAAUUGGGAGGGGGGGUUCAUACAUGUGAAAUAAUAUGCAGAUUUUGCCCUUGACAAGGUCAAGCCACACAGUGACUUGGGAAAAAAAAGGGGGGGUGAUGUAGGAGAGAGGGGGAGGCUUCCUUUGCAGAGAUAGCCCAAUAGGAAGGGGCCUGAAACUCUUGGUUCAGAUCUCAAUGGCUAAGCUUCCUAUUAAUAAUUGGAUUCUAAGAGUUGUGAAUCAAUGGAAUGAAUGGUUUGGAACCCCUGGUGGUUCACUCUUAGAGCCUGCAAAAGCUUUGGGCUGGGUGUGGUCACCGGAGAUUGGGCCCCCUGCCAAACUCCUUGGAGGCCACCCCCUUAGGACCCUCUGCACAGAGCCUGCCCUCCCCCAGGACUCCUAAGUCAAGAAGUUGUGUAUGCUCUCCAGGCCUAGUUCAGCUUGGGGACAGGGGUAGGAGGAAAGGGGAGGGUUCCAAGAUAUCCAGAAUGGGGUUGCCUUCCAAAAGUAAAUGUGAAAGAAAGUUGGACUAAAAGGUGGCUGUGAAAUGGGAGAAAGCUGGGUCCUGGAGGAAAGAGAAAUCUGUCCAGGUGACAUUAAUAUCUUUCCAUCCCUCCUAGCUACCCAUUGUUCUACACAGGCCUGAAGCUCCUAGCGGCCACCUCCUGCAGCCCACCUGGGUUUUCUACCUCCCAGUGGUGGUAACUGUCAUUCAAGCCCAAAGUUUGAUGGCAGAGCUGACUCUUCCCGGGGUAGAAGACAUUGAAAAAUCCAGAGGCUAUGCUGGCUGCUGGUCCCUCAGUCUCUGCAGGAAAUGCCUGUGGAACGCCACGGUUUGGCAGAGUCUCCUCCACGUUAAGGAAGCUUGGAUUCGGUGGGAGUCAGACACAGCAGAGCAAGAGACCUGGCCAGUGGGUCCUUGGCUCUGGCUAUAAGGGGUUGAAGUCUCCCCGCUCCCAAACCCCCCAUUCCUACGCUGCACUCUGCUCUCAUUGACUCAGAACUGAGCUUGGAAGCUUCUGGCAAUCUUCUAAGAGCCGGAGAGUGAUUUGGAAUUAUUUUAAAAGAUAAAUAUUAUAUUAUAUAUAUAUUUCCCCGAAGGAACCAAAGCGAAUUUUAAGAUGCAAUGUAGAGGGGGCGGGGAUAAUAAAAAAAAUAUUUAAAGGCUCUAUCUGUUUACAGUGUUCCACGGUUAAACUCGCUCACUGCUAAAAAUAUUUGAAUGUAUGCUUCAUACAGGGAUGGUGUUCAAAAGACUUGUAAAUAAAGAAACCAUAACCUAAUGUGUUUCAAUACUCUUCUUCCCCCACCCCCACCCCCUUUGGUUGAUUUCUUUGAGGGUGCUGGAGAGAAUGGGAAGGAUGUUGGGGAUGGUCUUUUCAAUCUCUCACAAUAUUGAAAAGUGUUGGCAUGCCUAGAGCUAGCCUACCAAGACCUGAGAACUUCCUCUGAGGAGCCAGGCACUCUCCAAGUGAAUCUCUUCUGCCUCCCUAUGUUAAGAAAUCCCUGGCGGCUCUGUUUGUAAUGAGUGCCUUCGGU